AUGGCACGAGUUUUUCUAACCGGAGCUUCAGGCUACAUCGGUGGUGACGUUCUCCACGCUCUCAAAUUAGCCUUUCCCCAGUUCGAGUACACUGCCCUGCUACGAGACUCUGCGAAGGCCGGUCAAGUUACGAAGGCAUAUCCGGAUGUCCGUGUGGUGCACGGAGAUCUGGAUGCAACAUCAUUGAUUGAGGAAGAAGCCCGGCGUGCAGACAUUGUAAUUUAUGCUGCAAACAACAAACAUGUGAAGAGCGUGGAGGCUAUUUCCCGCGGACUGAGCGCGCCCGGUAGAAAUAAGAAUGGGGUUUGGCUGCAGGUUUCCGGAGCAGCACUUUUGUCUAUCGCCGACAUCGAGAAGAAAACCUUCGGGGAGUACUCGGACAAGGUUUACAGUGAUCUUGACGGUAUCGAGGAGCUCCGCGCGCACAUCCGACGUUAUUCCGGCACUCGUAUAGUCGACAAUUACCUUCUUAACCUGCCUGCAUCUCCCACAAAACCCAGAACUGCCUUGAUCUUCCCUCCUAUCAUCUAUGGCCGCGGCAGAGGACCAGUGAACCAGCGGAGUAUCCAGAUCCCAGAACUUGCAAGGGUCUCCAUGCAACGUGGCGCCGGAUUUCAAGUUGAAAAGGGAGAGAGCAUCUGGAGCAGUGUUCAAAUUGCCGAUCUCAGCAAUAUCUUUGUCAAGCUUGUUGAGCAAGCGCUGCAGGGCGACAACGAUGCUCUUUGGAACGAGAACGGCCUGUAUUUCCCUGGAACAGGAGCACUGCCAUGGAAAGCGAUCUCUGAGCAUGUGACUCAAGAGUUGCAUCGACUUGGCCUCGUGGAUUCCACUUCGGUUAAUGCGAUCAGUCACGAAGAAGCAGACACUCUUAUGCCUGCCGGUAGUAUCUUCUGGGGGACAAAUGCCGGACAGUUGUCUCAGCGUGCUCCGAGCCUUUUAGGAUGGACUCCCAAGGAAAAGAGCCUGGAGGAGGAGAUUCCUGAUACUGUUCUGCUCGAGGCUAAGAGACUUGGAUUGAAGUAA